ACCAGGCCAUCUGCCUCUUAGCAUCGUGGGGCUGUAGUGAGGUUUAAUCCAGAUUACGACUGACCGUAUUUUUUGUUGUUGGUGUCUGUUCCCUAGCCGUCAGUGCAUCCUUCAUUACACACCCAAGCAGCAGCACAGGUUAGCAGACAGAAUAUACAGGUUCCCAUUGGACUUACCCGCUAGCAAUCCCAACCCAACGGUAGAAGCCAGGGAAACAUCUUGUCCUAUUUACAAUAAUAUCUAUAUAUCCUAGUACAGCAGAACUCUAUAGGGGAUCAAGAUGUUCCUAAUCAAGACCAUGAUGCCUAACCCGCUGGCUGGUUUGAAUCCUAUGGGUGGAGGAGAGGAGGAAGCGGAGGCGGCCCCUGCAGAUCCGGCCAAAGCAGCAGGGAUGACACGCGAGGAGUAUGAGGAGUACCAAAAACAGUUGGUGGAGGAGAAGAUGGAGAGAGAUGCUGACUUUUUACACAAGAAAGCUGAGAGGGCAACUCUGCGGGUGUGCCUACGAGACAAGUACAGACUCCCAAAGAGCGAGCAGGACGAUAACAUGCUUGCCAUGGCUGGAGACGACGUGGACGUACCCGAGGAGCUCCUCAAGAUGGUGGACGAGGAUGCCACAGAGGAGGAGGACAAGGACUCCAUCUUGGGUGGCAUUCAGAACCUCCAGAACAUGGACAUGGACCAGCUCAAGGAGAAGGCCUCGGCCACCGUGACGGAGAUGAAAGCCAAGGCAGAGGAGAAAUGCUCUGUCAUGUAAAUAAAAUAAAAUAGAAGAUUUCACUUCAUGAACAGCCGGUCCCAAUUCCAUCCCAGCAGAUCUGAAGGUGGAAGAAAUAUACUUAUUAAGACCAUUAGACAUGCUAACAUAGAGGUGUAAAGGAACAAGGGGGAGGGAAAGGGAGUGAUUUAGGACCGACUGUAAACAAACCGAUUAUAUAAGAGUCUCCACUCUCCACCCAGCAGACCUGGGUUUAAAAUAAGUAUCUGAGCUAUUUUAAAGCUCCUAUACUCAACUGGUGGACCGCAUCUAUUUAUUGUUAAAAAAAUAGAACUCGAUCGGGCUUCGACCCCUGGUAUCAUUUAAACACACAUAAGACGUGUAGAAUUGCAGGAAAUUAGCUAUGAAACAGCAACAAAAUUCUCUGCCCCAUGUGAAAUGUGUAGAAUUGCAUGGAAUUGGCUUUAAAACCGCAACAUUUUCUCUCCGCCAACAAGAGGGGUGUGAACAGUUUGGGGUCCAAUGGGUUGUGAGGUUGGGGUUUGUUACUACGCCGAUAAAUGACAUUAUCCAUCUGGACCUUAGCCACAUAGGAAAUUUGUUUGACCGGACCUUCUCAACUAGUACAUGAGUACCCAUGUUUUAAAGUCUCCUUUGAGUGUUUUGAUUGAGCCUGUCUGGGGAGUGCCAGAUGGACGGGCCGAGUUGGUUUGCACUUUUGGUACUAUUCCAUUGGUUCCAUAAUUGAGCCAGGUAAGCUCAAUCAAGCACAGAUGAAAGAAAACAGAUACUAUUUGAACCCAGGUCUAAGAGAGUCCUCUAUCUCCCCCUAUCAAUGAUCAAAGCUGUGAAAUCUGCUUGGCGACAUCCAAUGGUAGCAGGUCUUGCUGAAAUGGAAGUUAAUUUCCCAAACAACUUCUUUGGUGAAUCGGUUUCUGUUUUGAAGUCUCCCCUUAAUUUGCUGUUUGUAUAACUUGUAAAAGUACGUAUUUUUUGUAUGUGUGUGAAUGAAUGCUGUUUUAGAUUGUUUCUCCUCCAUUUGUGUUAUUCUCCAUGUUUCAUUUGUUAAUUAGGAAAUUAUGGCACUCAUGAUGGCCACUUUUACACUUUAUGCAACUGACAAUAUUUAGGACAGUUGCUAAAUGCAUUCUGUUGCAUAUCCUGCUCCACACACACAAUUGUAAAUCUUUGACAAUCACCUCUAUCAAUGUUUAUCCAAAACAACAAGCAUAAAACAAGCCUGUAAGAGAUAAAUACUUGCAGUUUUGCACAAUCCAUCAUUUAAAUAAAAUAUAUAGUCUUUAUUCCAUAAUUAAACAUACUGUACAUUAACAUUGACUAACACACUGAAGUAGUAAUGUUAAGGAUUUUGGAUUAUUCUAAAAUAUAUAUAUUAAAUGUAAAGUUAUGUUGUGCUGUUAGAAUGAUACAUGUUCAUGCAAAAGCCAAUGACAAAUAAAACAACUGACUUGUAUAAAA